UCAAUGUUGUCGACGAUCCACUCUGACGCAACGCACGUUGUCUUCACACGAUGGACCUGUCAAGUAUUUUCAGCAAUACCGUUGAAGGAAUAAAAAAUGGGGAUCCUUCAGCGAUGGGAAUCUUAGUUGCUGUAUCUGUAGUAGUCUUAACUAUACUGAUAUUUCUUCUGGGUGGCAAAAGCAACAAACGCCAGGGUGUACUACUACUGGGAAUGUGUGACACAGGAAAAACCCUCAUAUUUCAUAGGCUCGUUCACAGAAGUGAAAAACCAAUACAUACUGUAACAUCAAUAUCCCCCAACAGUGGAGAUUAUUCUGUGCCAGGAAAGAACAAGUCUCUUAAGAUCUAUGAUCUGCCAGGCCAUGAGAGACUGAGACUUCAGGUGUUGGAUCAGUUCAAAGGACUGGCCAGGGGUAUUGUGUAUGUGAUUGACAGUACUUCUCUACAGAAAGAUAUCAAAGAAGUGGCAGAAUUCCUGUACACAGUGCUGAGUGACCCUGUGAUUCUGGAUCAUGCCCCUCCCGUUCUGAUUGCGUGUAACAAGCAGGAUCAACAUCUAGUCAAAGGAGCUGGCUUUAUAGAGAAACAGCUGCAAAAAGAAAUGAACACUCUGAGAGUGACACGCUCAGCUGCUCUCCAGCAACUAGAGGGCACCACAGGAAACAACAAUACUUACCUCGGCAGGCGCAACAAGGACUUUGAAUUCUCAGAUCUGAAACCAAUGAAAGUUCAGUUUGUAGAAUGUAGUGCAGUAGACACUUCUGAUAAGGACCAAUCUGGGCUCAUGGAAGUGGAGAAAUGGCUCUCAGCAUUAGUAUAAGUCUGGAGUCAGAAAAAGUUGAUUUGAUAUUAUGGGUUGCAUCAAGAUAUAACAGACUUGUAGAUUGUGUAAGGAAAAUUGAUUGGAUGUACUUUGUAUAAAUGUUUUUUGAUGUUUUUGAGUAAGAACAGUUGACUACAAAGGUGACAGACAGUCUUCAUUUAUCAAGUUCAUCACCAGUAUCAUCAUUUUUGUGGGGAGGUGGGGGAUAUUUUCAAUUUCAUUUUCUUAUCCUGCCAUUAUUUUGUAAGAUUUUAAAUAAAUAUGGAUGAAUGUUC